GUUCAAAAUGGUGCUGCGGCGGAUCUUCCAUGCUUUGAUAAAUAACGCUCAAGUAGUAGAGAAGCUCUCGGAGUCUCGACCCAUCAGACGCGCGGCGCAGAUCACGGCCUACGCCAUCGCUAAAGCACAAAUCGCCGGGAAAGACGCCUCGACCAAGCUGCUCAGAUCCGACACUAUACGCCAGAUACGCGAGGAGACGUCAAAGAUGCCCAGGGAUGUGGAAGAGUUGGGUCGGAGAGCUACUAGACUGCGGGAUACAUUUGUAAAGGAUGUGAAAGAGGGAAUGAGAGACGCCAACAGACGGAUAAAAGACAGAAAGUGACUGAAUGAGUGAACCUUAACGUUAUAUUAAUGACGUUAUUACGAUUCCACUUGUGAAUACAAGGACAGCGUUAUUAAAUACUAUUUAUAACGUUCUACUGUAAGACUGGGGUUUUGUGGCCCUCAAUUAAAUGAAAUUAAAUGAACUGUAAAGUCUCUGAGUGUUGGUAAUGGUACUUGAAUGACUAUGUAAGUGCCUUGUUGUUGUGAAAUAAAUGGAGGAUUUGCAAGUACUUAUGCCAAUUUAUGGACAACAUUUGAAGCCAGAUUAUUAAAUGAAAACAUUUUAAACCUACAAAAAUUGAGCUCGAAAAUUUCGAAGCGCGAGAGCUCCAGUUCACAGCGUGACUGUACUGCAGAUAUGACGUUUCUGUGACGUGACAUACUUAUGGUGUAUAACCAUAAAAAUAUCUGCAGCUUUUUUUAAAUCAAAAGUAUAAAUAAAAGGUAAUGUAGUUUGCUA